UAUAUCAAUUUAUCAAUCAUGAAACACAAGACCGUUUGUUAUCUAGCAUAACGUUCACUGAUAACUGUAUGGUUGUAGACGAAGCGACGAGCCGUAAACUUGUUUGUGACGACAUUGAUUGUGAGAUGUGAACGGCUUGUUAUUUCGAAACUGGACGAUUAGUAGGGGAAAACAUACUGUACGAAGUUUAUAUUCAGUCUCACAUCAGUUCUCGUUUCGUUGUACUAAUAUAAUACAUUACACGAUGUUACUACAACUGUAAUAAAAUAAAUAUUACGUUAAUUAUUUAUGUACAUAGAUUUAUGUACUCGUGUUUGAGAAGAAAUCAUGUGUUUUAUUCGUUCCUGGUGUUGGUUCUCUCGUCAAUUUAAUUUUAUUCAAAAUUAGUGAUCACGUACAUUAUUAAACAAUAAUAAAUAAUAUAAAUAAUUUAAGAAAAAUAAGUGAAUACAUAGAAGAUUGUGAGAUGUUUAAAUGAUUGAUAUUGAAUGACGAUUAAAUUUUUAUCAGUAAAAAUCGAUUAUAUGAUGUAUUGAGAUACAAUAAUUAAAACGUUACAUUUUGUACUAUUGAAAAUAUUCCUCGGAGAAAAUGACAUAUUUCUUUAAAAAAUAAUAGUUAAAUCGAUCGUCCGAUAUAAUCUUUUAUAUCGAUAUAAUACUGACGUACGAUUAACGAAAUAUAAUAGUGCACCGAUAAAUAUUCAAGUACUUAAUGGAAAAUGUAAUCGUUAAAUGUCGUUUAACGUCUAUCAUAGAAAGUAAUAUCCCAUUGGAAAUAUAUAUCUACAGAAUUACGUGUUAAUAAAAAUUACAAGUUUCAACUGGCUUAAAAUAGUUAUUUUUAAAAGCGAUUUAUUUCGCGAAAUUUUUUUUUUUUUUUAAAUCUACGAAGGAGAGAAUCAACGGACAAGUUCGACGAGAAAUUUAUAUGCUGUUUGCUACUCCGCGAAUAAUUUACUCAAAAGUUCUAUAUAUAUACUUAUACACUUAACACGUGGUAUAUACUAACCAGUGUCAGUGUGACCAAAUUAAACUCGGCAGAUAUUCCAGAAAGAUAACUGUUAUCAUCGUUCGAUUUUUGCGGAAACACGGGAAGCACGUUUUAAAUUGUGUGUAUACAUAUAUGUGCAUAUAUAUAUAUAUCUAUAUGUGAGUGUUUGUAUGUGUAUGCGUAUAUAUGUCGAGUCGAGUCGCCAUCGAAAAAGUUAGUAUAAUUUACGAGCGUACGAAAACUUAAACGAGUUUCAACGAGAAGGAGGCCGCAAUCACUUCCACCGCUGCCACUGCCACUAUCGUUACUGUCCUUAAUUGCUCUCAGUAUUUUAUUUCAGUCUUUUCAUUUUAAAACCAGCGUAUAUAUAUAUACGAAUGAAAACGAACUAUAUCUUUAUAAUCAAAGAGUAUACAUACACGUUUAAGCUUUAUUAUGAUGACGACGACGACGACGACGACGACGACAACGACGACAACGACGAUGAUGAUGAAAGAAUUGCAAGAAGAGAAUAUAAAGUUCAUUAAAACGGAUCUUUUACCAGAAAUGGUUUAUAAUCGAUGUUUCUGCGAAUCAGGUUCACGUGAAUUCGUUGAAUUCGAUUCAGCAAUUGUUGAAUUACUCGAAACAUAUAAAAAUUCGACAAAACCAUGGGAAUUAUAUCGAGUCAAAGCUUUUAUUAGAUUUUCUGGUGAAAUUCAAGAUUUUUCUUUAAUCAUAAAGCUUCUUCCGACGACUGUUCAAUCGGAAAAUUCAUUCGCACGUUUUCAAAAUGAAGAAAUGUUUUACAGUAAAAUGACUUCGGUAUAUAAUACAGAUCAGUUUCCAAAGUGUUAUGUUGCGGAUUUGGGAAAAUACGGAAUGCCGGUUAUCGUUCUCGAGGAUUUAACUGCGAAUGGAUAUCAAACGAUUCAGCAACAACGUCAGAUGAACGAUGAAGAAUUAAAGUUAUCUUUGAAAACUCUUGGAAGGUUUCAUGGGACUGGUUUGAGAUUGAAAACAGAAAAGUUUGAACAUUUUCGCGAAUUUUACAUGAAACUUUCGAAUAUUAUCGUUACCAAUGAUAUUUCUGAAAAAGUUGAUGAAAUCGAUGAAUCCUUAGAAAAUUCGUUGUUGGUAAAAGAAAUGAAAAAAUUAUGGAAAAGUAAUCAGGUUUUUAUGGAAACUUCUAAAGAAACUAAUAGAAAUAUCGAUGAUAUCUCAUGCAUAUGUCAUGGUGAUUUUUCGAAAAGCAAGGUGUUGUUUAAACGCGAGAAGAACGGUCGACCAAUUGAUGUGAAAAUGAUCGACUGGCAAACAAUGAGAUAUUGCUCGCCUGCUAUCGAACUUGUUAUCAUUUUGAUGAUGAAUAUUCCAACACCAUCUGAAAAUCAACGUUUCCUUCAAGAAUUAUUGAUGAUCUAUGUUGACGCUGUUAGAAAUGAAUAUUUUUCGAUAACGCGUGAACGAUUGAUUGAACAAUUAUCAUCAAAUUCGUUAAAUUAUUUUCAUUUGUUACUUGAAAAUGAUUUUACGAAUAAGGAAAUUGUUCAGCAAUGGAUCAAGUGUUUUAAAUCUUUCAGUUAUCAAAAUGAACAAAAAGAAAUAUAAAUAAUAAUAUAAUAUAUUUUAAUAUGUAAAAUGUUUUGAUGAAAGAUAACAUGUUGAACAACCGUA